UCGCCAACUGUGAACUGUCAAACUUUCCAAUUUUUUUGUUCUUGUUUUGUUCGCCGAACAAGAACAACUUUUUGCAAAGCCACAAAGGAAGAAAGAUCUCCCAGACAGAAACGUUUAUCUUCUUAAAACUUUUGGAUUUGGAAACAAAAAGUUUAAAAAACAUUCUCUAAAAAUGAUGAUGAACAAAAGAAAUAACAUUCGACUGCCUCCAGAGGUAAACCGAGUGCUUUACAUACGAAAUCUUCCGUAUAAAAUUACCUCUGAUGAAAUGUACGAUAUUUUUGGUAAAUUUGGAGCAAUUCGUCAAAUAAGAGUUGGAAAUACACCUGAGACGCGUGGUACGGCCUUUGUUGUCUACGAAGAUAUAUUUGAUGCGAAAAACGCAUGCGACCAUUUGUCUGGUUUCAAUGUUUGUAAUCGUUAUCUUGUUGUAUUGUAUUAUCAAUCAACAAAAGCAUUUAAACGUCUGGAUGUGGAUAAAAAGCAAGAAGAACUCAAUAACAUCAAAGCCAAAUACAAUUUAAAAACUGAAGUAGCAUAAAGAGUGUCAUCUUUCUUUAUGUGACCUUCUCAACCUUCUUCCCCCCACCAUCAUCAUCAUCAUCAAACAAUCAUCAUCA